AUGACUGGUCAGUCGCGCCGAAUUGCCAUUGUCGGCGGAGGCAUCGCUGGCAUGGCCUGCUCGUGGGAGCUGCGAAAGCCCAGUGCGCAAAACGUGACAGUAGACAUCUACGAGUCGGAGAAUAAGCUCGGCGGGCAUGCCAACUCGGUUCCCUUCAGAGGCAACGGCACAACCGUCGACGUUGACACGGGCUUCAUUGUAAUGGACGAAGCUACGUAUCCCCGGUUCAACGCCUUUCUCGGUGAAUUGGGCAUCAGGACAAUUCCCACGGACAUGUCGUUUGCUGUCACCACCACCGACCGAAGCUUCGAAUGGAGCAGCCGCUCCGUUUUCAGUUUCAUCGCCACUUUGACGCUGCUGUUGAGCCCCUGGUUAUGGCGGUUGAUGUUUGAUAUUAUUCGCUUUAGCCUCUUUGCCGAGGACAUUCUUCAUGAGCAAAGAUCUCCCCGGCGCGAAAAGUACGCGGCUCACACGGCGCAGACUGGCGGCAAUGCGUCCGAUGCGGAAGAGACCCGGAUCGUGUCAACAUCUCUCGAGUCUAUUGGCGCCUACUUGACGAGGCAGGGAUACUCGCGGAACGAGGUCUUGAUCAGCUUCCUAGAUGGAACUCAAAAGACGUUUGACCAUGUCGUUCUUGCCGUUCAUGCGAACCAAGCCGCUACUCUACUGGGGGACGAUGUCACCGCUUUGGAGCGCAAGAUUCUCGGUGGCUUCAAGACUAGCAGGAACACAUGCUACCUUCACUCCGACACUUCACUCCUGCCAAGACGUCUUUCAGCUCGCGCGGCGUGGAACUGCACACUUGCACCUCACACACCCACAGCGGCGCAGGACCAUGUGAAGCAGAACGAAGGCAAUCACGGAAGAAAGCUCUCGCUCACGUUUGAUAUGAAUAGGCUACAGGAGAUUCCCCGUCCUGGAGAACCCGGAAGUCCGGGCAGGGUCCUUGUGAGCAUGAAUCCAGUGCGGGCGCCUCGCUCGGUCCAAAGCAGCCACGUGUAUUGCCAUCCCAUUAUCAACUCGGAGUGCAUCCUCAUGGCGCGCCACCUCCACAAGAUCAAUGGCAUCAGGCGUGUUGGCUUUGCGGGAGCUUGGAUGGGCUUUGGGUUUCAUGAGGAUGGCUUUGCAGCUGGAGUCCAUGCUGCGCGGACCUUUAUGGACGGUUGGGACAAGACUCCUCCGUUGGAUCUCAUCGGUGAUGGCGAGGGCAUUCAGCCACCUCGCAAUGGGUUUCUCAGAGCGAGUCUUAGAUUCUGGGUUCGCGCGGUGCAACGGCUUCUACAGCCGCAACCCUGGCCAUAG